AUGAUUCCGUUUAUAAAUCGGACAGCUGAUAUUCUUUUGUCAGAUCAUAUUGAAGCUCACUAUGUAAACGUACGCGAGGUUAUUGAUGAUUUCCGUGGUCAAUUUGACAAUUUUACGGAAACUUUUGAGGCAAUCGUUUUUAUGGCGCCUGGCCGUUAUCGCAUUACGUGUAAAAGCCCGCGAAAGUUAGAAGCGGCCGAAAAUCUCGGCUUACUUGUUCGUGGUCACCCUGUUAGUUUUAAGCCGAUUUCCACGUUUAAAUGGGUUAACAUCACCCGUUUAUCUUACGGUGUCCCUGAUGAGGAAAUUACCAAAGCUAUGGCAGUUUAUGGUCCCAUUAAAUUAAUUCACAACGAGCAAUAUUCUAGGGUAUAUACGGGUGUUCGCAAUAUUUUAAUGGAAGUGGUUCAUGAUAUACCGAUGCGUGUUCGCAUCGCUGGUCAUUGGUGCACCGUUCACUACAAAGGUCAAAAACGGCCUUGUUUCUCAUGUGGCAAAGAAGGGCACUUCAGCAGCAAGUGUCCUGACAAGCAUGUUCAACCGCCUCCUACUUUGCCUGUUAUUCCAACUGUGGCUCCUGCUGGUGUUUCUGAAGCUAGUACUUCUGGUGAGGUUGAAACUCGACAUGUCCUUAAUGAUCUGCUGUCGCAAGUCAGUGAUGGGUUGGUCAAUGGUGUGACAUUAAACCAGUCUUCUCUUAAUGAUGCUUUGGUGGUUGUGGAGCAUCCUGCUUCUUUUGCGUCCGUUCUUUCUCGGGCUAAUGAUAAUGCCCCAUCUGAUGUCGUUCAAUCUUCCCAGGAUCCGGAUAUACGUGAAGUGAUCGAUGAUGAAGUCUCUGCGGUGGUGCAGCGUGUUGUCUUGCCUGAGUCUGUUCUCCCUGUGGGUGACGAUGCUGAUGUUCUUGCUGGUCAGGAUCAGUCGGCGGAGUUACCUUUGGAAUCUUCCGCAGUGGAGGAACCUCCUCUCGCAGCACAUGAUGAUUUGCCUCUUGGUGACAAUGGCUCACCUCCUCCCUCGAAGUUGACCUCCAAACGAGCGUGUCCUCGCAAAUCGAAGCCUCGAUCACGAUCUCGUUCGCCUCUUCGUGAUGAAGCACCUCACCGGUUGUCUUCCUCAGCGGAUUCGAGCCCUGAAGAAUUUGAUAAUUUUUCUUUUGAGUCCGAGUCUGUUCAAUCCCCAGUUUUGUCUCCCUCCAUGGGUGAUGAUGGUGAUGGUGGUCAUUCUCCUGAUAACAUUUUUGCAUCCCUUACGGCCUCUGAUAUUUGGACUUCCCCUUUAACUCAGUUCCCACCGAAUCUUCCUUGUGAUCCGCAAGAAAGAAUACAUUUUCCUACUGAACCAGCAGCCUCACAAGCUUCUGAAGAAUCUUCAUUUAUUUUGCGUUUUUUUGCGCCUUCUGAUUCUCCUCCCAAUGGAGAGGAAUCGUCGUAA